AUUGUUUGCUCUUUGAAUACACCGUGUGGCGUUGGCGAGAUUUCCGAGAUUUUUGCCGCACCUUGACAAAAGAUUAUCCAAAAUGACACUUUUUCACUUCGGAAAUUGUGUGGCUCUUGCCUAUAUUCCAUAUUUCAUAGUCUACAAGUGCUCAGGAUUGUCAGAGUACAGUGCAUUUUGGAAAUGUGUUCAAGCAGGGACAGCCUAUCUCUUCACUCAGUUAUGCAAGAUGAUGAUCUUGGCAACAUUCUUUCCCACAUCAGAAGGUGGAGUGAACCAUUUAGACAUCAUGGGGGAAUUCAUGAAGUCGACGAUUGACCUCGGUGACCUGAUUGGGUUCUACUUCAUCAUGAACAGCAUCUCAGCCAAGGGGGAACUCAAGUUCUUGGUUGCAGGAGUGGGAUGGGCCACAGCCGAGCUCAUCAUGACCAGAGUUGUACCCAUGUGGGUCGGGGCCAGGGGGACAGAGUUUGACUGGAAGUACAUACAACUCAGCCUGGAAUCCAAUGUUAAUCUGGUACAACACAUAUCCACAGCGGCACUAGUAUGGCUAUGGAGUCGUCAUGACCUCAACAAGUCCGUCCAGCCCAUUGUAGUGACCUUACUAGCCCUUAGCUCUUACAAGCCUCUUGUUGUUGAAAUUUUGAUCCAUGCAGCAGGACUUGGCUCUUGGACGCUCCUCUUAGCGAAGUCUUUCUUUACAUUUGGUGUUGGGUUUGUAGCCCUACAGCUAUACGUCGGACUACAGGGGACUCUCAAUCAUUAUACUAAAUAGUUAUGGAGUUUGUGGUAUUAUCUUGAUUUCUUUUUUUGGUAACAGAUUAUGAACACAUUUUGUCAGGCUUAAUGUAAAAUCAUACAUGUACAGUCAAACCUGCUUUAGUGACCACCUGUCUACAAAAACAACAUUUUUUGUUUCUCUUAAAAAUGGGUUUCUCAUUGAAUCAUGUACUAACGGAACCUGUCUACAAAGACCACGUUUUGUGUUUCCCUUGAGUGGUCGCUAUAGACAGGUUUGACUGUACUUUAUAAUUGCCUCACAUGAUAAGUUACAUCUUGGACAUCUUGCAUGAAAAGUUGGUAUUGAAUGCAGCUCUGUGAGGUAACUUUAUCAACCAAUUAGAAUCACAUAUUUAGGAUUUAUGUUUGAUUUUUUGAUUUCGUAAUUGUUUUAUACAAGAACCAAAAUUUAUGCAAUGAUAAUAAUAAUGAAUUUAUAUAGCGCUUAAUAUUAGACAUCUCUAAGCGCUUUACAUAGUACCAAAGAAAUAGAUUUAAAUCCAAUUAUAGUAGAACAAAAACAAUCAUACGAUAAUGAUAAUGAAUAAGUUUUUUAAGAAACAAUCUGAAGAAAAUUUAUGAUUUUAGCCCAUGCCGAAACCAGGAGGUAAUAAUAGUACAGCAUUUACUGGUACAAACAUGUAUAAAGCAGUAAAGCACAAUCAAAAUGUUACUAUUAUUAUCAGGAUUAGUGUUAUUAGUUUUAAAGUCAAUUAGUUUCAGCAGGGAUUAUAUUGAUCAGCUUUGUAGACAUAUCAGGUCAUACAAAAACAUCUUGGUCCCUACACAGGCUGCCCGAAGCUAUUGAAAAAAAAGGGGACCAUUUGGCUGUGAUAUCUAAAGACGGACACUCAGUGAAUGAGAGCAUAGUAAUCGAUACUAGUUUAUAACUUCAUAUUUUCUCUGUAUGGUACAUUUGUACAUUACAGAAUACAGCACAAAAACAGAUUGCACUUUAAUGUCCUCUGUAAAAUUUGUCUUUCUAUUAUUAUAAAAUACAACCAUAUUUGGCAUUUCCUAGGCCUAUAGAUAGUAAAUACAUAUAAAUACCUGUAUGAAUGUAUCAGUAAGUUCAUACAGUAAAAUGAUUUACCCAACCCUAAAACCUAAAUCUGCUGUCAAAUCCACCAGUUGCAACCUCAACUCUAACAUAAUAUCUUAGAUGGAAUAAAGCCUGAAGCAAUUGUUGCCUGAGCGUUCAUGUAUGUCAGAGCACUACUGGUACUGAAUACUUCGCCGUUUCUUUUUCUUUAAAUAGCCUCAUUGUGUUCUGAAUUUUCAUAAUUUCUUUGAGCACAAAUAUCGUUUUGAAGAAAUUAAGGAGAUAUAUUUCUUUUGUAUACCGGUAGAGUUCCUAUUACUUUGAAUUAAUAGGAAGGUUGAGAUUUAAAACAAGUGACGGUGAACAAUGUAUUUUACAAUGUAAAAGACAAUUAUCUCCUUCACUCCUUUUGCAGUAUUUACCAGUACAUGUGAGAGAUAUAAAAACUAAAUGAUAUAGGAAUUUAUCUCUAUUGUGUCCCCAAGAAAAGUCUUGAUUGAGCUAUCAUCUAGACGUACCUAUAUGUGUAUGUAUUUCUGUACAUUUGGUUUUGUUACUUGAUAUUGUUCACAAUAAGAGUUGUUCUUGUCCCGUA